AUGCUCGUGGUCCAAGUGGCGAUGCCUUUUGUGUCAGGAAAGAAGCAACCGCCCGUGACCAAAACUUGGGAGGUUGAAGACGUGGACUACACCACCGCCAAGUGCCGGGCCUUUCGUCCACGUCAGAAGCGGUUCAGGUCUUGGCCAAGAUUUCAUGCAUGUGACAUGACGGAAUUUGGCGGCUUCUCUUGCAACUUCGCCCGGCAUUGCACUAGUGCAUCCAACUAG